AAAAAAUAAAGAUUCUCUUGCCUCGGCCUCCCAAGUAGCUGGGACUUCAGGUGCCUGCCACACGCCCAGCUAUUUUUUGGUUGUAGUUGUCAUUGUUUAGCAGUCCUGGGCUGGUUCACACCUGCCAGCCCGUGUAUAUGGCUGGUGCCCUAACCUCUGAGCUAUAGGUGCCGAGCCUUAAAACAAGAUUUUGCCUGAAUAAAAAGUUUUAUUGCAGUGUUAUUUUUAUUUAUGAAAUUAUAGGGAAAACAAGACCAUUAUUUUGCUUUUAACAAGGAAAGCUUAAAAUAACCAAUCAAAAGACCUACUUGGAUGCAGGCUAUGAAUGCCAAUUUUUGGACACCAUAAAAUGUCCCCUUAAGCCGAAGUAUUGCUUUUCUGUUCUAAAUGCUGGUUUUUAAUAAAGUGUAACUGCCAAUUCUGAUUAUCCUUGAGUUCAAGAUAGCCUGAUGCUCAGAAGGAACUAGAAAAAAGCAGUAAAUACCCACUCUAAUGGUACAGCAAGUUUCUGACCACCAAGGAAGCAUUUUAUUUUGAGACAGUCUCACUCAGCCUGUUGCCCUAGAUAAAGUACCGAGGCAUUAUAGCUCACAGCAACCUCCAACUCUUGAGCUCAAGUGAUCCUCUUGCCUCAGCCUCCCAGGUAGUUGGGGCUACAGGCCCUGGCCACUAUGCCAAGCUAUUUUUAGAGAGGAGUCUUUCUCUAGCUUAUCCUGGUCUCUUAACUCUUGAGUUCAGGCAAUCCACCCAUCUCGGACUCUCAGAUGCUAAGAUUACAGGCCAUCCACCCAUCCCAGCACUAAAAUAGGAAGCAUUUUAGUUUUCUAUUAAGCCCUAAGUGAAAUCCAAGCAUUAGUGGGACUCUUGGUGCUUUCGCCCCUUGUGCAAUGUUUUUUUUUUUUUUUGUAGAGACAGAGUUUCACUUUAUCGCCCUCGGUAGAGUGCCGUGACGUCACACAGCUCACAGUAACCUCCAACUCCUGGGCCUAGGCGAUUCUCCUGCCUCAGCCUCCCGAGUAGCUGGGACUACAGGCGCCCGCCACAACGCCCGGCUAUUUUUUCGUUGCAGUUUGGCCUGGACCGGGUUUGAACCCGCCACCCUCGGUAUAUGGGGCCGGCGCCCUGCUCACUGAGCCACAGGCGCCACCCUGUGCAAUGUUUUUUAACUUAGCUUGUAUUAAGUGGUAUUUGUCACUAGCACUUUUGUCAGUUAUACAUUCUACCUGUAUUGUUUGCAAGUUUUACUUAAAUCUAUUGACUUGAUGUUAAAUUUAGUUUAAAAAGGAAUUAAUAUGAACACGGAAACUAGCGGUGGGUCUGGCCCAACACUAUGACCAGCUCCUUGGAGGGUGUAUUUAUUCUUGUAGUCUCAGUGCCCCACUCCACGGGCAAAGAGGUGCAACUCCACUUUUUAAUUCCGCUGUUAUCCAGCUGUGGCUGUAAAGUCUGCAAAUGGAAUAUGCCAAAGUAGAACCCAAGCCUGGUAAUUCUGUUUUUCCUCUGACCUUUGGGAGCUCAAGUCCCUACACCUGGAUCGUUCAGGGACUCCCUCAUGAUCUGGGCCGUGUGGACAUUAAUGAGCUUGGGCUCACACGCGGUCGCACGCCCCCAAACCUUGGAAACUGGGGGCCACGUUCUGUUCUUGAGGAUGUUGCAUUCAUUCAUCUGUUGUCUGUCCCUCACCUGCCUCCACAAGGGACAAAGAACCUUAUCCACAGACUGCGGAGAGUUGGCAGCGUCUGCAACUACAGCCCUUGGGCGCGGAAGCCUGGAAUUUUCCGGCUUCUUCAAAGUCGCGCCAAUGUCCGACCCUGCUCACCACACAGUAUGCACCGUCUGUAGCUAUUUUGAGUGCUGCAGAUUCUGCACAGGGAAGGGUCGCCUAAGUAGCUACUCUAGACUGCCAGCUAAAUUUCUGAAUUGGGAGCCUCAGAGCACACAGGGAAACGCAAUUCAGGUCAAUUGGCCUCUUGUACUUUUACUAUAUGAAGUGUAAAAUGGAGAACGCUUUCCCCUACAUUUAUGUUAGUAGAAAUUUAUGCAAGAUGAAUAAGAAGAUAGACUUAAGAUUUUAUAAACGAUUGUUAACUGUAACCAAAAUUCCCAUGCAAACAGGGCUGUCUUUAGUACUGUUUCCAAAGACUUAUAUUUUAACAAGAUCCUCAAAAUCUUAUGAUGUCGGGCCUUGCUGAAGGUAGACGUUAAAACGGAGUCCUUUUACUCUUUCGGUGUUGCCAGUUAAAUCACAACCACCUACCAGCUCCACCUACACGUGGCUCCUUAGAAAGCGUGGGAAAGAAGAAAAAUGAAAAGGGAAACUGCCAGGACUUAAGAUGUCUGCCCAAAGCCCCUGGAAAUCCCAGGAAGGGCCUACCCACUUCCAAAAUGUCCGGCCGCAGUCCUGACGUCGUUCCAUCAGCACCAUCAAGUCAAAUAACUAGUGCGCUCCAAUCAGAACUCAGCCCCCGCCCUUGACUUGCGUCACUUCCGGUGGUGCAGCAGCCAUUUUGUCAGUCGCCAGCGGAUUCCGCGCGCUGGAGAAGUGCAGUUCCCCCUGGUUACCGACUCGUCGGUUCUCCCUUCGCGCUACGGGCGCCGUCGAAGAGCGCUCGCCAAAGGUGCAGCCGUUCCUCCCUACGGUCCCGCCGCUGCUAUUGCAUCCUCCCUGAAGUACUGCGCUCUUUUCCUUGCCUGCCAUCUGACAGGCGCCUUCAGCCGCCGUCCGCGAUGUCAAGCGAGGAAAGCUACCGGGCCAUCCUACGCUACCUGACAAACGAGAGCGAGCCAUACGCCCCGGGCACCGAGGGCAAUGUCAAGCGUAAAAUCCGCAAGGCUGCCGCUUGCUACGUGGUGCGCGGUGGGACUUUGUAUUAUCAGCGCCGGCAGCGGCACCGCAAGACCUUCGCGGAGCUGGAGGUGGUGUUGCAGCCGGAGCGGCGCCGGGACCUCAUCGAGGCGGCGCACCUGGGUCCGGGUGGCACGCACCACACCCGGCAUCAGACCUGGCACGACUUGUCCAAGACGUACUGGUGGCGAGGUACGACCUGGCCGGCGGCGAGGGGGCGGGCCGGCGGUUUGUUGCCCGGGCAAGGCUCGGUGGUGGCGCCUGUUUGCGCAGCGGCGAAUUCGAGGGUUCCAGAUCCCUCUCGCCCGGCCAGCCCGCGCUAGACGGCGGAGCGGCUGCCAGGUGGAGUCGGGAGGCGGGUGGGGGACGUGAAGCGAGCCGCACACCCCACAGGAAGGAGGCCGGGCAAACGAGGGGCGGGCUCUGGCCCUGGGUGGGGCCUAGGGGGUUUCCCCGGGGGCCGGGCUGGCGGUGGCGAGAGGCGCAUGCCUGGUCUGUGCAGGGCACGCCCCCUUAGGCGGGCCCUGAGGCUGCGGCUGGGUGUCCUGAGGAAGCUUCUAGCGGGCGGCUGGGUGGCGCAGCUUGUUUAUCCUGACGGAAUAUUAAAACAAGUCAAAGAUUAUAUUAAACAAUGUAGCAAAUGCCAGGAGAAACUAGAUCGUUCCCGUCCAAUAUCAGAUGCUUCAGAAAUGUUGGAAGAAUUGGGACUAGACCUUGAAUCUGGAGAAGAAAGUAAUGAAUCAGAAGAUGACCUGAGCAACUUUACUUCACCUCCAACUACAGCCUCCAAACCUUCAAAAAAGAAGCCAGUAUCCAAACAUGAACUUGUAUUUGUUGACACCAAAGGAGUGGUAAAACGUUCUUCUCCAAAACAUUGUCAGGCUGUCUUAAAACAGCUGAAUGAACAGAGACUUUCCAACCAAUUCUGUGAUGUUACUUUGUUAAUUGAAGGAGAAGAGUACAAAGCCCAUAAAUCUGUUUUGUCAGCUAAUAGUGAAUAUUUUCGAGAUCUUUUUAUUGAGAAAGGAGCUGUUUCCAGUCAUGAGGCUGUGGUGGAUCUUUCUGGUUUUUGUAAGGCAAGCUUCCUUCCUUUACUAGAAUUUGCCUAUACUUCUGUGCUAAGUUUUGACUUCUGUAGCAUGGCUGAUGUAGCCAUCUUAGCUCGUCAUCUUUUCAUGUCAGAAGUCUUAGAGAUUUGUGAAAGUGUACAUAAAUUAAUGGAAGAAAAGCAGCUAACAGUAUAUAAGAAGGGUGAAGUACAAACAGUCGCAUCUACCCAAGACUUACAAGUACAGAAUGGAAGUACAGCGCCCCCUAUGGCUAGCAAUGUGGGAGCCACAACAACUAUAUCUACUGAACUUGGGAAUUGUGAAUUUGUACUACUGGUAAAUGGAGAAUUGCAGAAUGGAGAGCUAGGACAACAGUCUGAGCCCCAGGUUUCUUCAGAGGCUGAAGCUGCUCUGUCAUCUGUAGGAUGUAUAACUGAUUCCAAUCCUGAAAUGGAGUCUGUUGAUUCAGUAACAAAAAACAACCAGACAGAACUAGAAACUUCAAAUAGCAAUGUUUCUAAUAUUCAUCCUAAACUUGCAAAAGACAACAUAAUCAGUACCUCUCCAGAGAACAGUGAUUUAGGAAAUGAUAUAUCAGCUGAGGAUAUCCGUGCUGAAGAUAAUUCAAAACACAGGCAAAACCUUGGCCAAAUUUUAAAAGAUGAGGAAAAUCUAGUUGCACCAACAGCAAAGACAGAAAUUGGCCCUGAGGAUGAUACUUAUAGAAGCAGGCUUCGACAGCGUUCUGUUAAUGAAGGAGGCUAUAUCCGACUACACAAAGGAAUGGAGAAAAAGCUGCAGAAACGGAAGGCCAUUCCCAAGUCAGCAGUUCAGCAGGUGGCCCAGAAGUUAGUUCAAAGGGGAAAAAAGAGGAAACAGCCAAAAAGGGAUGCUAAAGAGAACACUGAAGAAGCAUCCCACAAAUGUGGGGAAUGUGGAAUGGUUUUUCAGAGACGAUAUGCCCUUAUAAUGCACACACUGAAACAUGAAAGAGCUAGAGAUUACAAGUGUCCAUUGUGUAAAAAACAGUUUCAGUACAGUGCCUCCUUACGAGCACACCUUAUUCGCCAUGCCAGAAAAGAUGCACCUACUUCAUCCUCUUCCAGUUCCACAUCUAAUGAGGCAUCAGGAACAUCGUCUGAGAAGGGCAGAACCAAACGAGAAUUUAUAUGUUCCAUAUGUGGAAGGACAUUACCUAAAUUAUAUUCUCUUCGAAUACAUAUGUUAAAGCACACGGGUGUAAAACCGCAUGCAUGCCAGGUCUGUGGAAAGACUUUUAUCUACAAGCAUGGUCUAAAAUUACACCAAAGUCUCCAUCAAUCACAAAAGCAGUUCCAAUGUGAAUUAUGUGUUAAGUCAUUUGUUACCAAACGGAGUCUACAAGAACAUAUGAGUAUUCAUACAGGAGAGUCCAAGUACCAUUGCUCAGUUUGUGGAAAGUCUUUUCAUAGGGGCUCUGGACUAAGCAAGCAUUUCAAGAAACACCAGCCAAAGCCUGAGGUUCGAGGCUAUCAUUGCACUCAAUGUGAAAAAAGUUUCUUUGAAGCUAGAGAUCUUCGUCAACACAUGAACAAACAUCUUGGUGUGAAGCCAUUCCAGUGCCAAUUUUGUGACAAGUGCUACAGUUGGAAAAAAGAUUGGUAUUCCCAUGUGAAGUCUCAUUCUGUCACUGAGCCUUAUAGGUGUAAUAUAUGUGGCAAAGAAUUUUAUGAGAAAGCUUUGUUCAGAAGACAUGUAAAGAAAGCUACCCAUGGGAAAAAAGGGAGAGCAAAACAAAACCUGGAACGGGUGUGUGAACAAUGUGGAAGAAAAUUCACUCAGUUGAGAGAGUAUAGAAGACACAUGAACAACCACGAAGGUGUUAAGCCAUUUGAGUGCUUAACAUGUGGAGUAGCUUGGGCUGAUGCCCGUUCUCUAAAACGUCACGUCAGAACACAUACUGGUGAACGGCCCUAUGUCUGUCCCGUAUGUAGUGAAGCCUACAUAGAUGCUCGAACACUCCGUAAACAUAUGACCAAAUUCCACAGAGACUAUGUGCCUUGCAAAAUUAUGCUGGAAAAAGAUACCCUUCAGUUUCAUAACCAAGGAACUCAAGUGGAGCAUGCUGUUAGCAUCUUAACAGCAGACAUGCAUGGACAAGAAAGUAGUGGUCCUCAAGAACUUGAGACUGUGGUAGUGACAGGAGAAACUAUUGAAGCUCUGGAGGCUGUUGCAGCCACUGAAGAGUGCCCAUCGGUAUCUACGCUUUCUGACCAAAGUAUUAUGCAAGUAGUGAAUUACGUAUUGGCACAACAGCAAGGACAGAAGCUGUCUGAAGUUGCAGAAGCUAUUCAAACUGUUGAAGUAGAGGUGGCACAUAUCGCAGAAGCAGAAUGAAUAUGGUAACAAAGAUAAAAAGUGACAUAUACACUGAACUCAUGGAACAUUUGUUUACAAUAUUGUGUGACUAUCCACUUAGCAGUUACACGUCAAGGCUCUGGACUAUUGGUGGUGUAACGUUUCCCAACCUUUUGUCUGGCCAUUGGGUUCUCUUGAAAAGUUCAUUUACUAUAAAGAAAUUGAAAACAAAUAUAUUUGAUGGCAGUGAUAUAUCAUGAUAGACCUUUUAUGAAUUAAUGUUUAUAAAUGACUGUACUAAAUUUAAGACCGUACAGUUCCAUUUGUAUUGUGACAUUAUCUUAUUAUAUAUUUAGAGUUUAAAAGCCUGCAGCAGUUGGCUUUCUUUCUGUUUUAUUCUCAAAAUACAGAGAUUCUGUGAUUUCAUUUGCCCAGUUUAUAGAUUUAAAAAAUUCUAAUAUAAAUUAGCAUUUCAGUAGAAUGCAGAGGUAUAUUACAUUUUUUAAAUGGUUUAGAUCUGUGAUUCUUGACUUACUAUUUAUUUUAACCCCUUUUAAGGGGUUCUUUGUUCUAUUUUAAAGCACUUAAUGAGUUAUGUGUUGUAAUCAAGUUUGCACAAUAUAUUUAUAUGGGGAGCUAUAAAUGAAUAGCUAAUAUUUUAAAUGCCAUUAAAAUGCAUGAAAUGCCUAUUAAAGCCUUACUGUACUCCCUUCAAGGUAAGUAAAUUGACCAUGAGUGAAGAGCAUUGUUCGUAAACACUGUUAAUGGGAAAUUUCUCCUUGAUAACAAAGGACAAUAAAUGACAAGAAAAAUCUCAUUCUUUUGCUGAAGAAUGAACAAGUUAGGUUUGCUAUGGUUUCAGCUUUUGUAUCAUGUUUAAUUGUUUAAUUUUAUUGAAAAACUGUAGUUGAGAAAUAGGAUAGCAAUAUAAACAUGACAGUGGUCCUGUGGAUACCAUAUGAUUGUCAAGUAAUUUCAGAAUAUUGAGUAUUCUCCAGUGCAGCCCUCAUUGUAGAAUAAUACUUGAAGAAAUUGAUUAUGGUCCCACCAAAUUGUUGAAGAUAACUUAUUUUUAAAAGUUACCUGAAAACUAAAUUAUAUUAAUUCAUGUGUUUAUUUUUUAAAUUCUCACCUCUCUAAGCUAUCCAGUUUUCUGAUUUUCAAAAUAAGCAUGGGGAGAUGCCACAUUUCUCUCUAGGAAACUAGUACUCAAGCUAUAAUUGUUAAAAUUCAGCUUUUAGGUUAUUAGAAGCUGUUACAAGGUAUAAAAUUAAGAAAUAAGUAGAUCACAUGUAAAUCAUUCCUAAAGCACAAGAAAAGAAUGUGCCUUGAUGUACAUAUACUAUGUAUAAUUAAAAUGCUUACCAGUUUACUUUAAAAAUGGCUUUAAAGAUAAUAAAUGUGAUAGUUGUGCAUGCAUUAUACAUGUAUAUAUAUUUGCAUUUGCAAAUUUUCCAUUGUUUUAAUAGCUAUGUGGCUGACUUUCAAUUUUAAGAAGUGAAUUGACAUACAGCCUAUAACUUAAAUACUUAAAUGGCUGCUCGUUUAUAUCUUAAAGUUAGUGAAAAAGUGUUUCAACCUGAACUAAAAUUUGGAAUCGUCUUUUGUGUUCCAUCCUCACCAUUGUUAUUAGAUUUAGUUAUUGUAUAAGACCAUUGAUGUAUGUCAUGAAUAUGUAAAUAAAAGAUGUUGAUCUUGUUUGAAA